AUGAGUAUAAUUGGUGAACUCGUGUUUGCAAACAUGCCUGAACACAUAGGUGGUGUUGUUGUGUCCCCUGGAUAUAGCGUAUGUACAGGUAUACUGAGUGACCCUGGUACCCGUUUCUGCAAAGUACUGUUUAUCACAGGAGGUACAAGGAAUUGCAUAUCUGCCAACCUUCAAGGUAGACGGAGGACUGCUGUGGACCAGAUACCGGAGGUCACAAAUGAGGAUCGUGCAGAGGGUGAUAUUACCUCUCUUCACACGGAGGGACUGGUACGAAAAGAAGUGCAUGUACAUGCCACUGUGCAUGGGUUUUCUGUUUUCGUGUUAGACAAGUUUAAGAACUAUCGUGGUAAAAAUGCUUGCACACGAAGGUUGCUGGACUCGCUUGGCACCCUGUCUCUAGUGCCACCUGCAAGCACAUUUGCGAAGACAAAAACUCAGGCCAAUUUACUCCGAACAGUCGAGAAUGUUUAUUUUGUGUUGAAGCGAGGCCAGGUCACUCUCCCUCGGGCCUCGCGCCGGGGACGUCAGAACAGCCUCCUCGUCCCGACGCUCGAGUGCUACGUGGCUGAGGUGUCGCCUGCCUGCGGACGAGUGCUAAGUGGACGCCCUUGCUCGGCCUCGCCCUCGCUCGCCGGUCCUCUCGCGCAGAUUCGGGAGCCAGCGCUGAGGGAGGGAGGCUCGGGCGCUCGCAUCGCGCACACGGGAGGGGUUCCGAAUGCUUGCACACGAAGGUUGCUGGACUCGCUUGGCACCCUGUCUCUAGUGCCACCUGCAAGCACAUUUGCGAAGACAAAAACUCAGGCCAAUUUACUCCGAACAGUCGAGAAUGUUUAUUUUGUGUUGAAGCGAGGCCAGGUCACUCUCCCUCGGGCCUCGCGCCGGGGACGUCAGAACAGCCUCCUCGUCCCGACGCUCGAGUGCUACGUGGCUGAGGUGUCGCCUGCCUGCGGACGAGUGCUAAGUGGACGCCCUUGCUCGGCCUCGCCCUCGCUCGCCGGUCCUCUCGCGCAGAUUCGGGAGCCAGCGCUGAGGGAGGGAGGCUCGGGCGCUCGCAUCGCGCACACGGGAGGGGUUCCGGCAGCGCUCCCUGACGCCAUGAGCAGGCACCCACUACCAGUCACCUUCGAGGAGGUCCCCGCCGAGGUGGUCGCCAGGCACUCCUCCAGGGGCUUCUGCUACAAGAAGAAGAUGGUGCGCACUGUGCCCGGAAGGUUUUCGCUCUCGGAGGCGUAUUUGAAACUUGCCGACGCCCACUAUAACUUUGAAUUCCGGGCCAGCGACGUCGUGUUGUUGUCUUACCCCAAGAGUGGUACAACAUGGGCGUCCGAACUAUUAUGGGCGAUGAUGAAUAUCGACCAUCUGGACUGUAUGGAGAAAAAGAACAUUCAUGGUAGAGCCUUUUACUUGGAUAAGGACUUCGCUCACCCCAUUCCAGAAGAAGACCUCAUCAGAUUCCGACAGAAGCUGCCCGGCGCCAAGGCAGAAGAGGGCGUCAUCCUGCAGCUGGCGGCGGCCGAGAAGGGUCCUAGGCUCCUGUGGUCGCAUAUGCCCCUGCUGCUCUUGAAUCCUGAUAUGCUUAACACGUGCAAAGUAGUGUAUGUGGCCCGCAAUCCGAAGGAUGUGUGUGUUUCUGCAUUCCACUUCAUCAGCAAGCUCCGUUUUGAAGGCUUGAAGGUUUACCAAGGCGAGUUCUCUGACUUUGCUGAAGUCUUCAUGGAUGACAGUUUCAUGAUGAUGCCUUACUGGGAACACAUCCAGCAGGCAUGGCAGCAGAGGGACCAUGAGCAUCUCCAUAUCAUGUUUUAUGAAGACAUGAAAAAGGAUCUGAUGGGGGAACUGCGGAAGCUGAAUUUACAUCUCGUGACUGGUCUCAACGAGCAGCAACUUAGGCAGGUGUCUGAAGCAGCAAGUUUUGACAGACUGAAGUCCUUAGAAGCCAAAAUGCCAAUCUUCAAAGCAGUGGACGGCAGCUUCUUCCGUAAAGGGCAGACUGGAGACUGGAAGAACAUUGCAACACCUGAGCUAGAUAUCCGCAUGGACAGAUGGAUCCAGGAAAAGUCACGAAUGAUAGGCAUCACUUUCCAAUAUUCAUAAAGUAUCAAGAGAGGAUUUUAUUCUUAUGUCUAAGAGUGAUUAAAUUAAUAGACUUAUAUUUUGCUUGUUAAAUGCUAUAGUGUCCUGAUUGUUGUAGCCUUGUUUCUGCAAUAAAGCAUGCUAGGCAAUGAGAUGAGUGUUCUAAACACUAGUUAUGAGACACUAUAUUUCUUCUGGAAAAUUGAAAUAAACAUAAAUAUGAUAAACCAUUCAUGUUGAAUAAAUUGUAAAUAAAACAGCAAAAGAAAACUCAUGAAUAUGACCUGGAGGUAGUUAAAUACAUUUUGUUUGGAUACAGAACCAAACCAUGAUCUCUGCCCAAGAAGGACCAUCAAAAUGGGAAUAAACAAAAAAUUUCAAGAUUUUUCAAGAAAUCUUGAAACAUCAUGCCAUCAAAAAUUGCACCUGUAUGUGUUUUCUUGCUUUUUCCCUUUGUUGUUUUGCUUACUCUCUAGAAAUUAUAUAUUGGUAAUAAAUAAAAUGGAAAGAAUCCCAAUUCUGGAAAAAUAAAAAUAUUGCUUCAUUUGGUAUUCUGGUUAUCAAAAAGAAAUAUAUUUGGUUUGUAUCAUGAGUAUGGAGUAGGAAUAUUUUACCAUGUGUAUUAUGUGACCAGUGUUGUGAAACCAAAGCUUUUCCAGUUACUGAUGCUCAAUGCUAUAGAUAUUAGGCAAUGCUGUGAAAGGUGUUUAGAGAUACUGCAGAUUAGUGCAAUACAGUAAGCGAAGGCAGUACAGUAAUCUAUCUAAUACAUAAAAGAUUCUAAAAAAAAAUUCUGAACUUGAUCUGCACACGAUUUUAUUCAUUUAUGAAAGCAAGUACGAAAGUAAUAGCCUAUGAUAUUCAUACUCCCUUUCCAUUCUUCUGGUUUGCCUGCUGUAUCUCAAAAAAGGACAUAGAACCUCCUCUUAUCUACAUAAUCAUUAUCUGACCUAGCUUUUUGCAAUAGUUAUCAUAAUAAUAAUGUAUGACAAGUUACAUAAUGAUAUUACCUGUUACAUAUUAUCAACCAUUCCAUUUAUUUUAGGUCAAAUUUUGAUGUACUUAACACAAUGAAAUAAACUUAUUUGCUCUUU